AUGGAUGGAGACGUCGCCGGGAUAAAAAGCGUCGAUCCAUCAGAGGGGCGGUCGUGCCUGCGCGCGCGCAUACCGCGGGGGUACAAUUCUCGUAAGCGAGGGCCAGCGGUCAGUCUGGCACCCUCGCAAGCUGGCGCUGACGUCACGGCGCGUCCGUCAACCGCCUCCGCUAAGUUUAGCCGACAGCCGGCCAUGAUCGAUGGUGUGGGCGAGGAAUGCGCCUCAACCGAAAUAGCGCCCCGUUCGGACACGCGC